CUGCGGCGGUGAAAGCACUAUCAACUCUCAACUCUCGACACUCGUUGCUCACUUUCCCCUCGAAAUACGAUGGCGCAGCAACACCUUCUCCCGCCGCCUUCGCCUCUCCCCCAAUUCCGCCGCAGACCGACGUUUCGCAACACAAAGACUUUCUGGAUCCCGCUUGUCACAAUCAUCAUUUUCCUGUCCAUCUUCUUCACGCCUCUGCCCCGCACAUACGACGAGCACCGCGAUGCCGUCAUCCAGACCAUCACCGACACGGCCAAGGACAUCAAGGACGUUUUGCCUCCGGUGCUCUCGCAUGACAACUGGCACCCCACCGAUCUCGACAAUGUAAAGGCCAAGUUCGCCUUCGCCACCUUCCUCGCCGGAAAUGCCGACCUCGACGAGAACUGGGAGAACGACCACUACUUCGUUGCUACGCGCAUCCUUGCAUACCAAUUGCUGCACGCUCCCGAAACCUCUUCUCGCGACAAGUCAAUCCCCUUCGUUGUGCUGGUUACUGAAAACGUUUCGGAGGAAAAGAGACAGAGAUUGCGCAAAGAUGGUGCGAUUGUUGUUGUGGCAGACUACAUCAAGGCCGACUGGGUCAAGACCGAGACCAGCACGUGGCAGGACGUCAUGACAAAGCUGCGCCUGUGGGAACUCACUCAGUUCGAGCGCAUCUGCUUCCUCGACGGCGACACUGUCCUGGUCGAGCCUUUGGACGGCAUUUUCGCCGAUCCUGCUGUUCACACCCGCGGCACCUUGACCCAGCCCGCCAUGAUCAAGUCGGAUGAGGGACAUCUGCCUCUCGAGUACAAUUUUGCCGGUGUGCCUGAGAUGGAGCGCGACCACGGUUACCCUCCCACCGACCAGCACCACGAUUUCCCCAACAUCAACUAUCUCAACGCUGGUUUCUUCGUUUUCCAGCCUUCGCUCGAGUUGUUCGACUACUACAUGUCGCUGCUGAAGCUGAACGGCCGCUUCGACCCUCAAUUCCCUGAACAAAACCUCUUGAACUACGCUCACCGCAAGGAUGGUAACAUGCCUUGGACCCAGCUCGGCAACGAGUGGAACAUUCACUACCCCAAGGUCGAUGACCUUCUUGGUGGAGUUAAGAGUCUGCACGAGAAGUGGUGGUCUCCCGAAGUCGAAGACCUCAAGCCUUACAUGGAGAGCUGGCGCUGGAGAAUGGAAGGUCACUACGAAGCCAGAGACCAGAUGUUCACCAAGGAAUACCAGAAGCACGGUCUCAAAGAGGAGUCAUAAUAGUCAGCAUGUUGUGGGAAAUAUUAGAUGGGGCGUUACAAGGCUGGUUUUCUGUUUUCUGCACGAUAUCCUGGUUAGAUCACAAUUGGAAAACAUAGGCGUCGAUGACUAUACAGGGCUCGGAGCCAUGGGAGGCAAGGGAGAUAUGCUUCUGCAUCAUUCGGUCUAAUCGACUGUUUCAAGGCUUGCUCAGCAGCCACUUUAACUCAUACGAACAUAAUGCAUUUAUUCAUAAUUCA